UACGCCGCCCGUGACGCGUUGUGACAAACCCAAGGGACGGCCGACGGCACAUGCAUGUAUUCCGUCUCGCCUCGUCUCGUCUCGUCUCUGACAACGAAGCGGCGUUCUUCUUCCCAACCUCCUCCCCGUUGAUAAAUACGAGUACUCCUACGUCCUACCAAGUUAAGCAGGCGACGUGGAGAUCAGAUGCGCUUCCAUCUCUCGAGAAUGCGCGGCUCGCGCCUGCUCCUGCUACUGGUGGCCUUCUCUUUGUUCCACGGCCACCUCGCCGCCCGCCAUGGCCCGAGGCACGCGCCUGCAGCCGUCGCCGUCGUAGGCUCCGUCGGCCCCGGCGGCGCGGCCACGGACGCUGCUUCCUCAGGCGCCCAGGCCGCCGUCCGGUGCCAGGACGGGACCGUUUGCGGCGAGAAGGGCUUGUUUUUCCCGCCGAUUCCUCUCGUGCCGGAGCCACCGAACAUCGGGGGCGUGCCCAUCCCGCCGAACCCGAUCACGCCGGCGCCGCCGUCGCUCGUCCCGCCGGUGUUCCCCGCCCCGUCUCCGCCAUCCAUCCUGCCGCCGCUCGUCCCGCAGCCGCCGCCAGCUUCGCUGAUACCACCGGUGCUGCCGUUGCCGUUCCUUCACCCCCCGCCUCCACCGCCGCCGCCGCCGUCCAUCCUCCCGCCGGUGCCCGUCCUCCCGCCGCUGAUCCCUGGCGUGCCGCCAGCUUCCUCCUCGAAGAACGGCCGAGCGGUGAAACCAUGAGGAAGAUGCUGGUCUUCCUGCUCUAUUGAGUUAUCUACGAGUAUAUCGUGAAAUGAAAUCUUAUGUAUACCGGAAAUACUCCAUUUUAUGGCUCUCGUGGUUUUUGGUUUUUGUGUCACUCGUUUUAUUAUUUGCAGUAUAUCGAACUGAUUUGAAUGUACAAGUUGGCUUCAAGUAGAGGGAGUAUAUCUGAUUAUCGAGAAACCCUAAUUUUCAACCGAAA